AUGUUGCCGCCCUUUUGGACUCUUCUGCUCUUUAGCGUCUCCAUAAGGUGCGAGAGCUUCGACUAUGUGAUUGUCGGCGGCGGAACGUCUGGCCUCGUGCUCGCGAACCGGCUCUCCGAGGACCCCAGCGCCAGCGUCGCCGUCAUUGAGCCCGGCCCCGACGUGCGUGACUACUUCAACGUGAGCCGCAUCGACCUGCAAGGUCUAGACUAUAUCAAUGCCUCCAUCGACUGGCAGUACAGCUCGGUGCCGCAGCCCGGGCUCGCCAAUCGGUCCUUGCUGUACCACGCCGGCAAGGCGUUGGGUGGCACGAGCACCAUCAAUGGCAUGGUCUAUCUCCGUGGAGAUGAGGCUCAGUUCGACACCUGGGAACGACUGGGUAACGAAGGCUGGAACUGGGAUAACUUAUUCCCAUAUUACAAACGUUCCGAUAAUUUUACCCUUCCCUCGCCCGAGCAGAUUGCUGCGGGCGUCACCUACGAAGAAGAGGUCCACGGGAGGGACGGAUUUCUGGUGACGGGUUUCCCCAAUGGACUCGGCAAUAGCACUUUCUAUAGCGACUACGAGCAGAGCUGGAAUGAGCUUGGUCUUGCUCAUAAUCCUGAUGUCUUGAGGGGCACAACUGAAGGGUUUGCCAUUCACCCCCAGACUCUGGACCGGGACGCGGCCGCGAGAGAAACCGCUGCUCGUGCCUAUUACCUCCCAGUGGAGGAUAGAACCAACCUCCAGGUGAUUCAGGGUACUGUGAGCAAGUUACUAUGGAGUGACACACCGGACGACGACAUUAUGGCCUCGGGCGUCGAAUACUUGACCCCGUCUGGAGAAUAUUCGACUGUGACAGUUGCAAAGGAAGUAAUUGUCUCCGCAGGCACACUGCGUAGUCCACUGGUGCUGGAAGCUUCUGGGAUCGGCAAUCCCGAUAUCCUGUCUGCUCAUGACAUUGGCGUCAAAGUCAGUUUGCCGGGCGUUGGCGAGGGAAUGCAGGACCAGCAGAUCGUGGGCCUCACCUAUCUUACCAGCCGAGACAUAUCGGGAUAUCAUCCCUACGUCACUUUCGUCUCUGCCCAGGAUGUCUUUGGCAAUGAGACUUCUGCUACAGCCGAGGCCACAGAUGCCAAGAUAGCCACCUGGGCGCAAAUUGUUUCGGAUGCCAGCAACGGCGCCAUCAGCACGGAAAAUCUCGAGACAAGAUUCCGAGCCCACCACGACAUGAUAUUCAAGGAUAAUGUCACACUGGUUGAGAUCAUGCCCUACAUUUCGUCCAAUGUCAUUGCGGCCGUGGUCUGGACUCUUUUGCCCUUUUCCUGGGGCAGCGUCCACUUGAGCACACCCAGCGCGGCCGACUAUCCCGUCAUCGACUCGCAGUUCAUCUCGGUCGACUUUGACAUUGACGUCUUGACGGCAGCCGGGCGCUUGUCGCAGGAGUUGUACGGCACGGCGCCGUUGAGCGAGUGGAUCGCCGGGCCCGUGGAAGGUGGUGGUCCUGCCCCAGGCGCCUCGGACGAGGACUGGAGGGAGCACAUCCUAGGCACUGCAACCACGACGUAUCAUGAGGUGGGAACAUGUGUCAUGCUGCCGCGCGAGCUCGGGGGCGUGGUGGACUCCAGGUUCAAGGUCUACGGAACGCGGAACGUCAGGGUUGUGGAUGCCUCGGUGAUUCCUGUGCAGAUGAGCGGCAAUCCCUCGGGAACCGUGUACGCUGUGGCAGAAAGAGCCGCCGACAUUAUCAAGGCAGACGGCUGUGAAGCCUAG